CGUGAGUGAUAAGUCUUGUCUGCCUUAUGACAUGAUGAAAGUGACAAAUCGUCCUCUCCAAAUUUUCUUCGUCUCGUUUUCUUUUAAAAUCGGUUUUCCCUUAGAUAUUUUUUUGGAUGUCUAGAAAAAGAUAGUGAUGUCAUUGCUCAGAAACUUGAUGAGCAACUGUUUUAUUCUUGUCUCGGGUGAAUGAUUUUCUGGUCUGGCUGUAUGACUGCUUUUGUCGCAAGCGUUUCUUAUCAGACAAGCUCGUAAGUCAAAAGAUCAGGAGAGACUCACCAAAAGUAUGCUGUUUUUCUGCACGAGAUCUUUCAUGGGCUCUCAAUUCAUCCAUAAAAAUACUGCUCAAGCUCUAUCCAGCAGUCUGCAGAUUUGGUCAGUUGAACUCUCAACGUAAGAAAAUUUAGAAAUAAACAAAUAUCCUUCAAAGAUGAAUCUCAAUUCAAUCACGAUGCUCCUGAAAUCCCAUCUGCAAAAGGCUCACUCCAACAUCUUGUGCAAGCAGAAAUGGGUCGCAACCUUUAAGAACCGCCCUCUAGAAAAAAACUACUGGAAUAGUUUGAACACAAAUACCUCCAUGAAAUUGUAUGCUACUGAAAAACCUUUUUUGCAUCUUUACACAACCAUUUCAAGGGGCCACAGAUUGUAUAGUUUUCAAUGGGCAAGUCUAGUCAAUGUCAACAACAGUCGGGGAUCAUUGAUUGCAAGGUUCUCCCAACUCCGGAACCAAGCUAACUUUCACACAAGUAACCCAAGAAAAGCUGUCCCGCCGGUAAUCAUAGUCAUACUGCGUCCUAUCCUAAAGCUUUUUGCCAUGCUCCUAGGCCGAUCCCUGAAAAAAUGGUGGGCAAAAUUGACGCCUGCUGAAAAGAAAGCUGUCAUCAUGAAUUUUAGCAAAAAGUAUGCUAAGUAUGCAGGUUUCAGCGCUGUUGUAAGUUGCGGUCUUGGCUCUACCUACUAUGUGACCCAUCUGAAAGAGGAUCCCCUCACUGGAAGAAAGCGCUUUAUAAUGUUCUCAGAAAAUCAAAUUGAGCAGUUAGCCAACCUAGAAAGGGACCAGCUUGUUAAUGCCUACGGAAAGGAAAUCGUACCGAUAACUCAUCCAUAUUACAAAAGGGUAGUGAGAGUAGCGCAUCGGUUGAUCCUAGCCAACAAGGAUAUAAUUGAAGUUCGCAAGCAUGAAUGGGAAGUUACUGUUGUGAAAAGUGACGAAGUUAAUGCAUUUGUUUUGCCUAAUGGUUCCAUUUUCAUUUUCUCAGGGAUGCUUGAUUUAUGCCUCAACGAUGAUCAACUUGGAAUCGUUCUUGGCCACGAAAUGUCUCACUGUUUAUUGAAACAUGUCACCGAACUUCUUAGUCAAAUGCACGUUUUGGACUUGCUUCUCUUAAUACCGAUCGUUUUCAUCUGGGCACUCCUGCCCUCCACACUCGCUGCGUUAGCACAUGGCAUCGCAGAGUAUUGGCAAAGUCUCCGUUUCCAGUUGCCUUUCAAUCGCAAACUAGAGAUUGAAGCUGACACUGUUGGUUUGAUGCUGGCAGCAAAGGCUUGUUUUGACGUGCGAGAAGCCAGUGCGUUCUGGGCACAAAUGCAAAUGCAUGACAAAAGUCUACCAGGAGCGCCAAAAAUUGAAGAGUGGAUGUCGACUCACCCAAGUCAUGAAAACCGACGAGCUAUUCUGGAUUCAAAAAUGGAUGAAGCUAUUCGUGUUCGGGAUCAGCACCAGUGUCCUGCACUACCUCGCUAUGAUCCAAGGUUAAGAUUAGGGCGCGCCAAGCCCAUUAUUGCUUUUCCAUGGUAAUCAAUUGGGGAUUAAAAAUAUUUUGCCUCUCGAAAUUAUGUAAAUGGAGACUUUCGUCGUUAAAACAUCAAUUUAAGAAAUUAUAAUUGUUUAAGUAUUGUUGCUGCUUUCUUGUUGUUGUUAAGUUAAUAAAAUGUUUAUUUUGAA